CAUCUAGCCCUAUAUAAGUGAAUGCUAAAACUGUGCAAACAACAAUUGGAAAUCCUCAUCCGUAGCAGCUUGUGCGUUCCGAUAUCCAACAUGAAAAAGGUUACAGUUACGGCUACCUGUUUGUUAGUGAUUGGGUUGGUGUUAGUUCAACAUGGCGCAGAAGCGACAUGGAAGAAAGAAAAAGGAAAAGGUUCAGAUUAUGGUGGAGGAGACUAUGGCGGGGGAGACUACAGUGGGGGAGGCUACAGUGGAGUAAGCUACGGCGGAGAACACGGAGGAAUGAAUUAUGGUGAUGACAAAGGUCAUAAUACAGGACAUCACAAGGGCCAUCAUAAGGGACAUCAUAAAGGACAUAAUAAAGGCGGAGGUGAAUAUGGUGGAGGUGAAUACGGAGGUGUAGGAUACGGAGCAGAAGGCGGAAAAGGUCAUCACAAGGGCCAUCACAAAGGGCACCACAAAGGCCACAAUAAGGGCGGCGAAGGAUACGUUAGUCAGCAAUACAGCCAUCCAGCGGAAUCUUAUUCAUCACAGGAUGGUGGUUACGGAGGUUUCGCAGGACAUGGAGAAUCGACCGGAAGCGAUUACGCACCACCUUCGUUUCUCAGUAAUUUUCCUAAUGCCGAAGAUUUUUGGAAUUAGAUAAUCUUCAUAGUGUAUCUACCACUUGAAGUGGUUUGUAAUUUUUAGUUUUCUUAACCGUCUUGUUUGAUGUAAUUGCCCUUAUGUCACUAAUACAGAGUCAAUUACGACCGUGUAAAACGAAAA